AUGAGUAUUAUUGAUCGUUUUAUCGAUGCCGACAAAGAGCCGACUCGUCCUCGAAUGCCUAUCGAAGGCUAUGAAAAGAAACCGUUAGUAUCACUUGAAGAGGCUGUUCAAAAAGUAAAAGAUUUGGUACAUGAUCUCGAUAGAAUCUUGUGGUUGACAAAGCGAGAUCUCACCACUCCAGUAGAUGGUCUCAAUAUUGACGAGUCCGCUGCUAUUCGUCUUUAUACUUUACAAUGGUCUCAACCAUACGAAAGUCUAUACGCUCAGCUCAAUCGAACACUUCGUGCAGAACUGCGUGAACAGCUAACGGUAUGGUUUUCCUACUUGAAAAUCUUUCUGACUGCUUUAUACAAACUACCAUCGAUCAAAAAAACAGUUUGGCGAGGUGUUCAUGGUGAUGUUAGUGAACACUAUAAAAAAGAUUACAUAUGGUGGGGUUUCAGUUCAUGUACGGAAACGAUGGAUGUGCUCGAACAAUUUAUUGGUCGAACAGGUGUGCGUACUAUAUUCAUGAUUGAAUGUUUAAAUGGUAAAAAUAUUCGUAAUCAUUCUGUUUAUGAAAAUGAAAACGAGAUUCUUCUUAUGCCUGGUACUUAUCUUCGUGUAAAAAGUAAAUGGAGUCCAGCAGAUGGAUUACAUAUGAUUCACUUGGAAGAAGCAACUCCUCCGCAUCAGUUAAUAGCUCCACCUGGAGAUAUUUCUACUGCAGAUGAUGUUUUAUCAGACAGUCUUAUUUCAUCAGAAUCAUCAUCAUCAACAACAACAGUGCAGUCAAGUGAUGAGAAAAUUCAUUACCAGCUUUCGCGAAAUCAACCAACUCGAUUAGUAACAAAUGAUCUGCAGCAAUAUCAUUCAACGUGCCGAUUUCAAACAGGUUCGUAUGAAACGCAGCUCGUCAAAAAUAAUAUCGUGCUUUUAGACAAACCAUGGCUCGAUCGUCAGAAUCAAUCAACUGAUCAUCGAUCAACUAAAAUACGCAAUCAACUCGAGUGUGAGAUAGAAGGUCCUCCUGAUGAUAUUGAUACCGAGAUUCUCACUCGUAUCCAAGGUUCAAUGAUUGGAUUGGCUUUGGGCGAUGCUCUUGGUACACCUGCCGAAUAUCGAUCUCGACAAUAUUUACUUGAGUGUCCAGUCACUGAUCUACAAGGAGGAGGAACAUGGAACCUUGAAAAAGGACAAUUUACUAGUCAAACCUCAAUGGCACUUUGUCUGGCAAAUUCAUUAGUGGCUCGUCGAGAUUUUAUUCCUUACGAUCAACUCGUUCGCUAUAAAUGGUGGUACAAGUAUGGAUACAUGUCAGUCACAGGAAAGUGCUACGAUAUCGACGCAGCGACCAGCCAAUCUUUGCGCGAAUUUGAACGACAUCAAAAGCAAUUUGCAAACGAACAUGGAAUACCUCUUGAACGGCUGGAUUACAUUUCAGACUUUGAUCUUCUGGAAAAGUUCAAUACAUUUUGCAGCGACGAAGGUGCAGCUGAUAAUGGAGCUCUAGUUCGUUUAGCUCCUGUGCCACUAUUUUUCUGGCGACAUCCUAUUGAAGCCGUGGAAUUCUCCGGAAUAAGUGGAGAGAUUACACAUGGUGAUCGAACAGCUUAUGAUGCUUGUCGUUAUUAUGGCGCACUUAUCGUCGCAGCUCUUCAAGGCGAAUCGAAAGAACAAUUGCUUGACAGAGACUUCUAUUCCAAACAUAAAACAUGGUUCUAUAAAAGCCAGUUGACGCCAGAGAUUAUAAAAAUCUCCAGAGGAUCUUAUCAACGGGAAGGUGGAUACGAUAGCGGAAUUCGAGGCAAAGGCUACAUUGUUAAUGCUUUAGAAGCUGCCUUAUGGGCAUUUUGGUGCGAUGAAAAUUCUUUCGAAAAGGGUGCUCUGAACGUGGUCAAUCUUGGUGAUGAAACAGGUUCAACAGCGGCUAUCUAUGGACAACUAGCAGGUGCUUACUAUGGUUACAAGAAUCUACCUAAGCAUUGGCUUUCGCAUCUCUAUGCCAGAAAGUUUAUCAUGACUCUGAGCAAAUGGAUAGCAUAUGAAGGGCAACAAUGGGCGUCAGCUCAAGAGCAGUAA